AACGUGUUGAUCCAUGGUGAUGGCACUGCGUGUAUUGCUGACUUUGGCCUUUCCUUGAUGUACUCCGAGUUUAUAAGCGCCUCCCAGGCAUCCUGGACGUCCACGCUCAAAGGAAAUGUGCGAUGGAUGGCUCCUGAGCUGCUCGUAGGGCCCGAGGAUGACUCUCAAGUUCGACCAAGCGAACAGAGCGACAUGUAUUCGUUUGGCGGUAUCAUGCUGCAGGUCCUCACCAACAAAGUACCCUAUUAUCACCUCACGAACGAUGCCCGCAUCACACUCUGCAUAGCCAAGUCGCAAACACCCUCUCGAUAUCGUUAUCCUGAGCUCCCUGAGCAAUACUGGCCAUUCAUCGAGCAAUGUUGGUCUACUAAUCCUUGGGGCCGUCCCUCGGCGGAUGGAGCUGAUGAAGCGAUCAGGAAUGAAUUUUACUCGCUGUCCAGGUCGCGUUGA